GGUGGUGCCUGCUCUCCGUGCUUCGGGACCACGAGGCCCGCGCCUUGGGCUCUGCAGCGGCCACCUCCCCUCAAGCGGCUGGAGUGCUUCCAGGGCAGAGGCGCAGGGACACUGGCUUCUGCGCUCGCUCAGCGGUGCUCCAGCUUCUCCUGCUUUUCAUACUCCUUUUUCUCCUCCCCUAGCCCUCAGCUACCGCUCCCGCAGCUGGCUCCUCCUCUGCCUCCUCCUCUGCCUCCCUCCCCCGCCUCUUGCUCUCUCCUCGCUAACUUUCCCCAGGCCCAGCCGGCGGCGCAGAGCUCCUCGGCAGCUUGGGGCCCACUGCAGACUGCGGGCUGCCAGCUUGGCUGUGCCCCUAUCCCAUCCCCGCACCCCUGGCGCGCCCUGGAGAAAACGGAAUGAUGCCCAGGGCUGGGGACCAAGGCGUAGCCCGGGAGAGAUGGCUGGGCACUGGGAUACUGGGUCUCUUCCUGCUCCCGGUGUCCCUGUCGCUGGAGGUAUCUGUGGGAAAGGCCACCGACCUCUACGCUGUCAAUGGCACGGAGAUCCUGCUGCCUUGCACCUUCUCCAGCUGUUUUGGCUUCCAUGACCUUGGCUUUUGGUGGUCCUACAACAGCAGUGAUACAUUCAAGAUUCUCAUAAGUGGGACUGUGAAGACUGAGAAGGCUGACCCCAAGGUGCAUUUGAAAAUUGAUGAUCGCAUCUCUCUGGAGGGUUCCACUAAGGAGAAGAUGAACAACCUUUCCAUUCUGCUGAAGGACUUGGAUUUCAGUGACACAGGCAAAUAUACUUGUCAUGUGAAGAAUCCCAAGGAGAAAGAUCUUCAGCACCAGGCCACUGUCUUCCUCCACGUGGUUGAUAAACUGGAAGAAGUGGACAACACGGUGACACUUAUCAUCUUGGCUGUUGUGGGUGGGGUCAUUGGGCUCCUUAUCUUCAUCCUGCUGGUCAAGAAGCUCAUCACCUUUAUCCUUAAGAAGACUCAGGAACAGAAGAAGGAGUGCCUUGUAAGUUCCUCAGGGAAUGACAAUACAGAGAAUGGGUUGCCGGGCUCCAAGGCGGAAGAGAAACCACCAACAAAGGUGUGAGCCCCAGCUUGGGGCCAAGCAGCCACAGAGAGCCUCACUUUCUGAUGAUGAAACAUGCUUGAGCCAUGUCUGUGAACCCACGUGCCUGAGACAUCUGCUGCUUGGCUCAAACUGUAGUUUUUCUCGGUGGGGAGAAAUUAAGGUCCUGUCCAGCCUGCCCUACCCUCUCCCCAGCCAGGGCUCCCCAGGGAUGAGGGUUGGUGGGGGGUAGAUGGGCAGUGGAAGGUUCAAGAAAGAAAAGGAAAGGCUCAGAGGGUGGAGGGUCUGUCCCCCAAUACCUGGGUAGGUGGUUCUCCUUAAGUCUCUCCACCUUAUAAGAAUAAUGCCUUGGUUUUCCUCCAGAACUCUCUUUUAGAGAGACUUGGGGGACUAGUGAGGGCUGCCCUAGUAGCUGGGUCUUGUGUGUGGAUUACUAACCUUUUUGAUGGUGGGAGUGGCCUAGAAGACUCUGUGCAGGAUCUGAGGGUGGGAGGCUACUGGAGGGGGGGCUACAGUGAGAGGUUUUGAUGGAUUCCUGACCCCCCAUAGUGAUGCUCUUCUCUUUACCUCCCCCACGGCAAGGUGCCUCCCUGCCUUGGGCCCAUAAUCCUUGCUCCCUGAAACCCUGCUGCUCUGACUCCUGAAACCUCAUAAAUGGGAGGCUGGCUGCUUUGGUGUUGGGGGGUGCUGGCCCACCUAGCCUGCUCCUCUGAUCUCUUGGUUACUGAGGGGCUCAUGAAGGGGACUGCUGGGCUUUUCUGAAGCACUGGGGUGCUGCCUACCCCUUCCCUAGCAUUUCAGAGUUGUGAAAGUAGGAGAGACAGUGUCCUGGGCCUUGCGGCCACUGGAAUGCCCACUCUAGCCCUGCCAGUGCUGGCCACCCCUUCUCCUUGGCAUGGCAGGACCAUUGCCACUACUGGGAAUUCUGAGUCUGGUUCUGCCCUACUCUUUCCUUGAUGCGACAAGUGGCAUUACCUUGCUUGAGGUGUUACACCCUACCCUCCUGUUGGCUUGCUCUUCCUGUGCCCUCCACCACAUCUUAUCCUUCACCUCAGGGAUUCUCUUCCUUUGGGUGGGAGGACCCUUGGGUUUUCUGGCUGCUUCCUGCUCAGCUGUGCCACCCCCUCUCCCAUCCCAGGAGCAAGGAGAGAGUGCUGCAGUUUUCCUUUGCUUUUCCAGGAACUGGUUUGCACACCCCUGUGUGUGGGGCUAGACUGUGCCUUAGUUCCAGGGUCCCAGCUCAUCCCCUCCCUUCCCUCUUCAGCCCAUACAUAGCAGCGGCCUUUGGAGUGGCACUGGUGAGGGAAUCCCAAUGGCGCUCACCCUGGGUCAUGCAGUGGACUGGGGAGCUGGAGUUGUGUCACUAACAGCCCCUGGGGCAGUGACUGAGACACUGUCCAGGGCUCCCAUGGGGGUCCCUGACAAAGGAUGUAGUGGAAUUGAGAGUGGGCCCUCCUGAUGGAAGUCCUCUUGUGUUGUCUCUGUGGAGUAGAAAUGGGGAAGUGAGAGAUGGCAUGGAGCUGUGACAAUGGAAGUCUCCACCAUCUGUUCCCACUCCCUCGCUCUCUUAUAGGACUUCUGAGACUUGUUCUCUGGGUCCCUGGGAGGGGUGGGGGUGAGGAGUAGCCCCUUUAUCAGAGAGUAUGGGUACUGCCUCAGGGCUCUCCCUCCCAGAAAGCAGCAGCAAGCUUCCACAAGGGUGGAGGUGGGGAGAUAAUGAGAAACGGCAGCAGCUGCAGGGCACCAGGGCUGUGGCCUGUGGCUGGUGCCUAACCAGAUGUGCCCAUAGGGUCCUACUCUGAUCUGCCUUUGUCCUUUCUGUGUACUUUGACACCCAGAACUCAUCCUGGGCUCUCGUUCAAAUUUCCCUGGUUUUGGGAACAGACAGACCAGAGCCACUAGCCAUUUAGAAAAUUUUUGUAGCUGCCAUCAUGCAAAACUGCUUUCUCCUUUCCCAGCUUCAACAUUUGGUUGGGUAAGGUCUUGGGCUCCCCUUACUGAGGAGAGGCAUACUUGAGAGGCAGCCCAGGCACACAGAGUGGGGAGAGAGGGUGCAUCAUCCUCCCCACUCCUGCCUCUACUGCUGACUAGUAGGCAGGUCAUGCGUCUUCUCUAGGCUCAGCCUCCCCAUCUAUAAAAUGGGUAUAAUAAUACUUACCCUACCUCCAGGAUUGUUGUGAGGCUUGACAGGUUAUUAUUUAAAAAGUUUUUUGGACUUGGAAAGGGAUCUAGGAGGCCAGGUAUUAUAAUUGGUGGGAUUGUUCCAAGUUUGUUCUGUGCUCUUUUCUGUGUCCCAUCCCUGUAACUAACUCUCUUUCCCUCCUUUCUCUCUCUCUCUCUUCCUCUCUCCCUCUCUUCCCACUUUCCCUCCUUGGAAUUAUUUUAGUCUUUGUGAUGUUAGAGACUUUGGCUCUGAUGCUUAAAGCUUCUUGUCCAUGGCUUUUGGUUGGUGGUUUUUAAGAGGUGAUUGGGAUAAUAGGGGACACUUUUAGUUGUCCUAAAUACUAGGACUAUCUACUGGCACUUUGUAAAUGGGGACUAAGAAAGCUAAAUUAAGUCCCCACAACAAAGGAUUGUCCUGCCCCAGUGCUGGGAUUAUACCCGUGGAGAAACAUUGACAUGGAUUUGCAGUAGAAUGCAAAGCCACCUUCCCAUGUAGACCCUCAAUGUAUGCCAGACUUCAAGGUGACGUCCAGGGCUGGCAAGGGUGUUUUCAGGACUUGUGGGCUACACAGAACCAUUUAAAAAGUGGAUCUUGGGACCCCUGGACACAUGCAGCUGUGCCAAUUGUAAAGUGAGUGAGACCAAAGACAAAGUCUUUCUCAGCUUCCCAUCUUUGACCUCAAAACAGGGCCUCAGCAUUCCAGGCCUUGAGUUUCUUGGUAUGUAAGAAUUGAGCAGAAGGCAGCCAGAAUGAAUCUGUGAUGCUAGAGAGGUCUGGGAGAGGAACUGAUGGAGCUCAGACUUUUCAUAUCUGGCUGGCUGACCAGAGCUGGAGGUGAAGUAAAGGUGUAAGAGUAUGUUCCUGAGAUGGUGACAGGUGAGGGUGUGCCUAGUAGGUGGGUCAUGCAUCUUCUCUGGGCUCAGCUUUCCUCAUCUAUAAAAUGGAGGGGCAUGGAAUAUGCAUGUGGAAAUGCAUGACUGCAGAGUGGAUGGGCUCUGUAGAGAGAGGGAAUAUGUGAAGGCUGAGCAUGACUGAGAUGGGGAGACUACAUUUCAGGAGCUACUUCUCUGGCCUCAGCUAUACCUGCUGGGGCAUCUGGGACUGAGAAAGGCCAAGAAACAGGGGUAUACCAGCCAUAUUCCUGGGCUCCAUAACUCCGUGACUCAAUCUCAUUGUCCUAGACCGCUACCAUCAGUGCUGAGGCAGAGGAUGGGGGUGUGGUAGAAGAGGAGGCACUUCUCCGGAAAAAUCUGCAGCUUGCUUCACUUUACUUUAUCCUAGGUUGGAGUCCCUAACCUCUCACAUCCCACCUAAUAUGCAGUGCUUUUGACUAUCUUAUGCAUGGUUUAUUCCUCUGGCUUGGAUGUAAACAAUACCCACAGUCAAUUUCCUGUAUAACUAUAGAUCAAAAUGAUGCAGCAGAGGGCCUUGGGAGGCCUCAAGUCCAAGGUGCCUCUGGGAAGCACAGCUAUGCACAUUUUCAGCACUGACUUGUGUUCAAGCACAGAAUGGAUGUGAUCAGACUCUCUUGCCUUUACAACAAUUUUGCAUUGUAGAAUUUUUAUUUAGCUUUGCCUUGGAUAAAAUAAAAAUUAUGUUGAGUAGA